UAACACAAUGGGGGCUGUGGAUAACGGGAGCCUGCCCUCCUUACUAUUGCGUUGCUGCAGCUGCACAGACGCAUCUGUUGUCUGUGGCCGUCAGCUUGCAGAGUCGCCUCAGUCCGGCUCUCGACAGCCUCGGACAGUCUGUCCGCGCCGAGAACACAAUGAUCAUCUGCCAAGCCAGUGUCAAGGAUGCUGACAACAACAUGAUGCCCUCAUCACCAUGGUGACAGCAGAGUGUGAAGUAAUUCCCGAUCAUGGGAGACAGAAGGGGGUCACCAUGUGCCGAAAUCUGUCCAAAUAUGCCCCCAUCUUCCUGCUCCUAGCCCUGUCUGGCCUCAUCUUCCUUCUACGCAACAUCCACACUCUAGAGAAUUUGAACUGCCACACCGUGUCAACCCUCUACAACCUCCAGAGCCGGAUAAAUUCAGCCUUCACCCAGGAGGGAACACCACCCCUUUACCACAACCACACCUUCUGUGGCCGUCUGGGCCAGGAACCCUCUCCUGAAGAUGCACUGGAGGAGCGUUACCUCUUGGACUCUAUUGCCUGGCCCGAGCCUCCGCCCCACUCUGCACCAACACCCCUGCGCCAGACCAGUGACCCUGUGCACAGCCUGUUUGCAAUCCUGCCCGGCAAAGAAGGGAGAGAGUGGCAUGUUGGCGACCAAUUGGAGGCCCUCAUCCAAAUGCACGACUUCCAGGGCCGUCCCAAGCGCUACGGGGGGGAUUUUCUGGUAGCUCGGCUGCACUCCCCAGAGUUUGGAGCGGGAGUAGCGGGUCAGGUGCUGGACCACCGCAAUGGAUUUUACUCUGCCCUGUUCCCGCUCCUCUGGGUGGGAUCUGCACGGGUGGAGAUCACACUGGUGCACUCCAGUGAGGCUGUUUCUGUGCUGCGAAGGCUGAGGGAGGAACGGCCCGAUCGGGUCUUUUUCAAGAGCCUGUUCCGCUCAGGCUUCCUGUCGGAGACCACUGUGUGUAACAUGUGUCUACCUCCCAGCCAGCAGCCGCUGUGCAACUACACGGACCUGCACACAGGGGAGCCCUGGUACUGCUACAAGCCCAAGAUGCUGAGCUGCGACACGAGGAUCAACCACGCAAAAGGAGGCUACCAGAAGCACCUUAUCACCAACAAAGAAGCGCUGCUCUUCCAGAGUGGCGUAAACAUCAAAGUUCCUAUACACGCUUCGGGACCAGACAGAAUAAAUGUGCUGCCGAGGAAGAAAGAUCUGCCAGAGACAGAAAGCAGCAGUGCAAAGCCAGAGCCUAGUAAGCUGACGCCCUCUGGGUAUUACUAUGAAGGGUCAUGGAGGCCAUUAGGAGGUGUUAUAAUGCGCCAGUUCAAUGAGUCGUCUGCUAUCACUCAGUGUCUGAGAGGCAAAGUGAUCAAUAUGUACGGAGACUCCACCAUCAGACAGUGGUUUGAGUACCUUAAUGCUUUUGUACCAGAAUUAAAAGAGUUCAACCUACAUAGUCCCAAAAACGUGGGGCCCUUCAUGGCAGUGGACAGUGUCCAUAACAUUCUCCUGAAGUACCGCUGCCAUGGUCCGCCCAUCCGCUUCUCCACGGUCACCUCCAACGAGUUACGGUACAUAUCAAAUGAGCUGGACGGCCUGCCCGGGGGCCCAGACACCGUUGUGGCCCUCAGCAUCUGGGCCCAUUUCAGCACCUUCCCCGUGGAGGUGUACAUCCGUCGGCUGCGUCACAUUCGUCGGGCGCUGGUCCGGCUCCUCGACCGAGCGCCAGGAACCCUCGUUGUGAUCCGCUCGGCCAACUUCCAGGCCCUGGACCAGGAGGUGAGCCUGUACAACAGUGACUGGUACUCGCAGCAGCUGGACGGCGUGCUCAGGGCCAUGUUCAAGGGGCUGGACGUCCUGCUGGUGGAUGCCUGGGAAAUGACGCUGGCGCACCACCUCCCUCACGCCCUUCAUCCGCCUCCAGCCAUCGUCAAGAACAUGAUAGACAUCCUCUUGUCCUAUGUUUGCCCAGAAAAGAAGAAGAGCUAACAGAAAUCUGAGGUUAGCGAUAGUUCAGGGAGGCUGUAGAAGAGAGCACCUUGUUUUUGCUCAUUUUCUUAUUCCAAAAAAAAAAAAACAUUUUUUGUUUUUUUGUUUUUGUUGUUCACCCAUGCCACAUACAUUUUCACGCUUGUCUAUACAAAAGUGACUUCGCAAAAAGUUAAGCUUUGAACACUGUUUACCUGCCUGCAACAUGUCAUUUGGAUUUUCACAAGGCUUGCAGUAUUAUAUUCCAACCCUGUAAAUGCCAAAACUAUUUGCACAGUGAUGGUUAUCAUGCAUCUGUUUUCCUUACCAAAGUGUGUGUGUGUGUGUGUGUGUGUGUGUGUCUACCAGGUAUUACUAAUGUUGUGGGGACAUAAAUCUGUUUACACAGUCAUGUUGUGGGGGCAAAAGCAAGUUGUCUUAGUGAAAAUCAUUAAUUUUAGGGUGAAGACUUGGUUUAAAGGUCAGCUAACUUUAGGGUUAGGUUAAGGUUAGGCGUUGGGGUUAGGAUUAGGCAAGUAGGUGUUAGGGUUAAGGUUAGGGUAAGUCUCUGGGAAUUGAACGCAAGUCAGUGUAAUGUCCUCUGAAGUGAUGGAAACACAACUGUGUGUGUGUGUGUGUGUGUGUGUGUGUGUGUGUGUGUGUGUGCAGUGAGAUUUGUUUUACUUCCUCCUGAAAGAUUAAGCUUGCUCCCAUUUGGAGUUGGUAUUCCUCAGGAUUGCAGCUUUGGGCUUUAUUUAUAUUUUUGGUUAUUGUAUUUAUUUAUUUUGCCAGAGGUACGCGCUCUGUCUGCCCUUUCAAAGGGCUUUUCUUACCCUAUGCAGUGUUGGCAGUGUAUAUUAAGUCUAUGGUACAGUAUUGUUUUGCACUAAGCCAUGUUACAACAUGUUGACCACAGCUAAGGCUCUACUUGAUGUUGUAUGCAACUUGUCAACUUGCGUAAAGUGAAAAUUUAGGCCUUGCCUUGUUUAUGUUUUGAAAACAGCAUAAACUACAUUGUGGUUAAAAUUCAUCUGCACCUGCGUAUGUAUUUAGGGUUUUGCUUGUUAGCAGCAUAACGUAAAAUGGCAUUUAACAAAAGUGUAUACAGUAUUUAAAAGCAAAUUAUGCACGUCACUAUAAGUCUUAAUAGCAGACAAAAGGCUGUAAACAUCAAACUAACUUACAAAUGUAUGCAUUUCUCGUUGUCUGUCUGUCCGAACAAAAACAUCCAAAAAUGUAACAUGUUUCUGAAAAAUGUGCACCUGCAUCUUUUAGACCAGUGAAAACUAUUUUAGCAGCAGUUGCCUAAAUUCUUAAGGAAUGUGUUCGGCGCUCCUGUGUCCUCAGACUCCAUUUAAAGAUCCAGUUGAGUUUCACAUCACCAGACCAUCGUCCAUCAUUUAGCUGGGAGAGAAGCCGGUCUACCGCUGCCUUGUUUACCUGGCAGAUGGCUCUGUCUCACACCCAGAACCACCAGAAGCUUUCAGUAGACUCCUUUCAGUAAACUUUCAGUAGACUCCGUUCGCCUAUUUGCUAAAUCUUAUAGAUUUGCAUCCUUAUAGGUUUCACUGCUUGCAAUGACAAGUGCUAUAUGUUUGGUUUUACAGACAACAGUUUUUGUAUUACC